AUGACAUAUGUGUCCCCCAGCGAAUUGCACUGGAUGUGUGCACAGUGGCUUGGUGUUAUAAAAUGUCCUGGUUGGAAUGGAUUUAUGGAAACUAUAACUGACUCUCGGGAAUAUCAAGAAACGCAAAUUAGUUUUUUGCCAUUUGUAAACUUACCACCAAGCACGCCCGAUUGUAUUCAUUCGGUUUUGAUUUUCGCAGCUCAAGAAUGUAAACAAUUAAACCAAAGAACGUGUUUUGUAACUUUUGACCAACCCUUAUACAUAAAAGCACGAAAUAUUGUUGAAUCCUCUAAAUUAAAUCCACAAAUAGUAGUAAGACUUGGCGGGUUUCAUCUUGUUAUGUCAUUUAUGGGUUCAAUUGGUUAUAUUAUGGCUGGUAGUGGUUUGCGAGAAUUAUGGAACACUAUAUAUGCAGCCAAUUCAAUUGAUAAAAUGAUGACAGGACAUGCAUAUUCAAGAGCAGUACGUGCACAUAUGUUAACUCAGCUUUGUCUUUCAAAAAUAAUUUUGGACGAAAUUGAAUUAACUGAAGAAUAUAAAAUCACUUUAAAAAAUUAUAUUUCAAGUACAGAUUAUAUAACGUCGACUUUGGAAGAUAUAGAAAACCACGAAAUAAUUCAAGAUCUCAUACGUAAAGUAGAAAAUCAAAUAAAAAUAAUUGCUUCUAGAGGUAAAACUGCUACGCUUUGGAUACAAUAUUUUUAUUUAGUCCAUAUUCUUCGUCAGUUUAUUUAUGCUGAACGCAUCGGGAGUUGGUAUCUGCACUAUUUUUGCAGACAAUAA